AUGUUCUCCCGCUCAGUAUUGCGGAGUCUUACCUCCGAUCUGCGCUUGUCAGCACCCUUGAUCUCAGCAACUCCCCUUCCGCAACGAGCUUGCCUUCACCAAACGGCAUGGCUCCGGAACUCGCAACAACAAGCCCAGACCCAAUCCUCACCUCUUAAUCCCGAAACCCCCUUGGCCGCCACCCCCCGCGCACAAGACUCUAUCUUAGAGACCCAGCAAGGUUUCCAGGCAUCUUCCGACAACUACAAACCACGCAAUGAUAUUCCCCUCUCCAAGCAGCCCGUGGCUCCGACAUUCGACUCCCCCCUUGAAGUGACCAAGUCCCUCAUGUCGCAACUUCCUCACCUCGUCGGCCAAAAACCACACUACGUUACCGCUGAGCUGCACGCCCGACCCUUCCUCUUAACGGAAGGUGACGAGAUCCGUCUCCCGUUCCUCAUGCCCAAGGUGAAGACCGGUGAUAUUCUCCGGUUCAACCGGGCUACUGCCCUUGGAUCCCGUGAUUUUACCAUGAAGGGCGCCCCUCACAUCGACGAGCGACUGUUUGAGUGCCGAGUCCGUGUUACUGGCGUGGAGUCGGAGCCGUUGCGCAUCAAGGAGAAGACCAAGCGGAGACAGAGACACACAAAGCAGGCUCGGAGCAAGCACCGGUACACUAUGAUGCGUGUUAUGGAGGUGCGGGUGAAGAGCCCGGAGGAGCUGUUGCAGGAGGGUGCUGUGGUAAUUGAGGAUGCACAGGAUUCUCCUCAGAUCGAGGCGCGGUCAUGA